GUUAGAAAUCACAACAGAGCCGAACCACAGAAGCUAAUAAAUUGUAGCAGCUUUUGGUCAUCAAAUGUUGAUGUAGCAUAAAUAUUCACGAACAAUAAUGAUUCCUUACACCGUCAACAUCAAACUCGCGGCUCGGACGUUGACUGGCACUCUCAAUUUACAGAAUAAAACCGCGGUAGAUUGGGGCUGGCAGGGGCUGAUAGCGCAGGGAUGUCACUCCAGUAUUCUCAUCAUCGAUCCAAAGACAGCCCAGACCAUCCAGGUUCUGGAAAGGCACAAAGCCAACGUGGUCAAGGUGAAAUGGUCCAGAGAAAACUACUACCACAACCUGAGCUCACCCUACUGCCUGCGACUGGCCUCGGGAGAUGCCUCGGGGAAGAUCAUAGUGUGGGAUGUGGUCAGCGGCACUGCCCAUUGUGAGAUUCAGGAGCACUCCAAACCUAUCCAAGACUUGGAGUGGUUGUGGAAUCAGGAUGCGUCUCGUGAUCUGCUGUUAGCCGUACACCCUCCCAACUACAUUGUUCUGUGGAACGGAGACACAGGCACCAAGCUGUGGAAGAAGAGCUACGCUGAGAACAUCCUCUCCUUUUCUUUUGACCCCUUUGACCCAUCCAACAUGGCAUUGCUGACCAGCGAAGGAAUAGUCUUUAUCACAGAUUUUUCCCACUCCAAGCCACCGAGCAGCGCUGGCAAAAAGGUCUACAUUGCCAGCCCCCAUGCAAGCCCCGCCCACACCAAACCUGCUCCCGCCGCUGCACCGGCCCCUACUGGUGCCAAGAAGGCCCUCAACAAGGUCAAAGUGCUCAUCACCAAUGAAAAACCCACUGCGGAGGCGGUGACGCUGAACGACUGUCUGCAGCUGUCCUACCUGCCAUCCAAGAGGAACCACAUGCUGCUGCUUUAUCCCAGAGAGAUCCUCAUCCUGGACCUGGAGCUCAGCCAGACUGUUGGUGUGGUGGCCAUCGAGCGCUCCGGAGUGCCCUUCAUUCAGGUUAUUCCCUGUGCUCAGCGGGACGCCCUCUACUGUCUCCAUGAGAACGGGUGUAUUACCCUUCGAGUGUGUCGCUCCACUACCGCUCCAGAGGAGGCGGCAGACCCAGAACAAAGUGUCCAGGAGCUCGUGUACGACCUUCGCUCUCAGUGCGAUGCAAUCCGAGUCACCAAGACAGUUCGGCCGUAUCGCAUGGUUAUCUGCCCUGUCAACGAAAACAACGCUGGGCUGAUGGUCAGCGACGGCAGAGUCAUGCUGUGGGAGCUCAAAGCCCACACUGGCAAGGCUGCUGCCAAUCCUAGUUCGGGUCUAUCGCCGCUCUACUCCCCUGUGUCAUUUUGCGGAGCUCCGCUGGGUGCGAACCAGAAAAGGAUUCAGGAUCUCUCUCUCAACAGCAUGAUCGGCCAGACCUUGAUAGCUGGUGAGGCUCCUCCUCCAUCAUCCAGCCAGCAAGAGGUCCAGUUGAAGUUCCUGCUGACUGGCCUGCUGUCUGGUCUGCCACUGCCACCAUUUGCCAUCCGCAUGUGCCCACCACUUACUACCAAAAACAUCAACCACUACCAACCCCUGCUGGCUGUAGGUACCAGUAAUGGGUCUGUACUGGUCUAUAACCUGACCAGUGGUCUUCUCCACAAAGAACUCAGUGUCCACUCUUGUGAAGUCAGGGGCAUUGAAUGGGUGAGUCUUACCAGUUUCCUGUCUUUCGCCACCUCUGCCCCCAACAACAUGGGCCUGGUGCGAAAUGAACUGCAGCAUGUCGACCUUCCUACUGGCAGAUGCUUUGCCUUCAGAGGCGAGCGAGGAAACGAUGAGCCACCCAUUGAGAUGAUUAAAGUGUCUCAUCUCAAACAGUACCUGGUGGUGGUGUUCAGAGACAAACCCCUGGAGCUGUGGGACAUCAGGACGGGGACACUUCUCCGAGAGAUGGCUAAGAACUUCCCCACUGUCACUGCACUGGAGUGGUCUCCGUCACACAACCUGAAGAGUCUAAAGAAGAAACAAAUGGCAGCGAGGGAGGCCAUGGCUCGGCAGACGGUGUCAGACGCCGAGCAGAGUAGUGUUGAAUCCUCAGUCAUCAGCCUCCUGCAGGAUGCAGAGAGCAAGUCAGAGACCAGCCAGGCCAUCUCAGCUAGGGAGCAUUUUGUAUUCACUGACACAGACGGGCAGGUCUACCACAUCACCGUAGAGGGUAACACGGUCAAAGAUGGUGCACGAAUUCCCCCUGAUGGUAGUAUGGGCAGUAUCGCCUGCAUUGCCUGGAAAGGGGACACUCUGGUGCUCGGGGACGUGGACGGCAAUCUCAACUUCUGGGACCUCAAAGCUCGUUUGUCCAGGGGAAUACCAACACAUCGUGGCUGGGUGAAGAAGAUUCGCUUUGCACCGGGGAAAGGCAACCAAAAGCUGCUGGUCAUGUACACAGAUGGAGCCGAGGUCUGGGACACCAAAGAGGUCCAAAUGGUCAGCAGCAUGAGGAUCGGUCGCAACGUGAACUACCGCAUCCUAGACAUUGACUGGUGCACAUCAGACAAGGUCGUGCUGGCCUCUGACGAUGGCUGCAUCCGAGUGCUUGAGAUGGCCAUGAAGUCCGCCAGCUACCGCAUGGAUGAACAAGACCUGACUGAUCCAGUGUGGUGUCCUUACCUGCUGCUUCCCCGAGCUGCUCUCACCCUCAAGGCGUUCCUUCUGCUGCAGCCCUGGUCAGGAACCUUCACCAUGGACAUCACUCAAGUAGACUACAAUGAGAAGGACGAGAUUAAAGGCCUGAUCCAGGAGCAGCUCAACUCCUUGUCUAAUGAUAUGAAGAGUGUGCUACAGGACCCGGAGCUCAGUCUGCUGCAGCGAUGCCUCCUGGUCUCACGACUGUUCGGGGAUGAGUCGGACCUUCACUUCUGGACAGUGGCAUCUCACUACCUCCAGUCGUUUGCCCAGGCUCGUCAGCUAAGCGUGUCCGCUGCAGAGGGCCAGACCCAAAGUGAAGUAACACAGCCAUCGCCUCAGAACCACCUGGACAUCUGCCAUGACGUCCUGUGUGAGAGCUCAUACUUCCAGAAGUUCCAGUUGGAUCGGGUUCACCUGCAGGAGGUGAAGCGCUCCAGUUAUGAACACACUAAGAAAUGUGCUGACCAGCUCCUCCUGCUGGGUCAGACGGACCGGGCAGUGCAAUUACUGUUGGAGACGAGUGCAGAUAACCCCAGCUACUACUGUGAUUCACUCAAGGCCUGCCUAGUUACCACCAUCACCUCCUCAGGCCCCUCACAGUCCACCAUCAAACUAGUGGCCACCAACAUGAUCGCUAAUGGCAAGCUAGCAGAGGGAGUACAGCUGCUGUGUUUGAUUGACAAGGCAGCCGACGCUUGCCGCUACCUGCAGACCUAUGGGGAGUGGAACCGAGCCGCCUGGCUGGCGAAGGUGCGUCUGAACCCAGCAGAGAGCUCCGACGUGCUGAAGCGCUGGGCAGAACACCUGUGCUCCCCGCAGGUCAACCAGAAGUCCAAAGCCAUCCUGGUGCUGCUUUCCCUUGGCUGCUUUUACAAAGUGGGAGAGAUGCUCCACGGUAUGAGGCAGUUUGAUCGUGCCGCCCUCUUUAUUGAAGCCUGUCUGAAGUAUGGGGUGAUGGAGGCCAAUGACUCUUCCAAUAAGCUUAUCGAGGCUGCAUUUUUGGAAUACGCGCGGCUCCUGCGCUCGAUGGGCCUGCGGGAGGGCGCAGCUCUGUGGGCAUCGCGGGCCGGCAGCGCUGGGGAGCAGCUGAUGGAGGAGCUGUUCCAGGGAGAGGGAGGUCUGCCAGAAGCCGUUCUUGGCAAAGACGAAGUCGAGCUGGGCCAGGAGAGCACCGAGUGACCUCAAGGAUGGGAGGUUUGGAAGCGAACGAAUGAAACACUCUUAGGUGCAAAUCAAGGGCGUGGCCAUUCAGUCUAACUUCAGUAACCUAACAUUUGUGAAUUAACUGUGUGUCAGCUUCCAGGGGAAUCAUGAUCAUCAUCUCUGCAUCAAAAGAAGAAGGAGAUAUGAGGGGUUUCCUCCGUGUGAAGCCUGCCUGUGUCUGUGACUACACUGAGUUUCUUGAUGUUUGGUAUGACCAGUGUGUGUUUGUGUGCACAUGUGUAUGCAUGUAACAGCCCCAAAAGAAACAUACUUGUUUCCUCAUUCCCCCAACAAGUGAAGUAAUACAUGUUGUUAAUGACCCUGUCAUCAGUGUGUCUGAUUAUGUUAAUGGUUAAUGAAUUUAACUCAUUUGAUUUUUUUUUAGUGGUUCUUUGUUAAGCUUUAUUUUGUGUGCCUAUAUUAAUAAUUUCAAAGUACUGUUGUAGUCCUACAAGUUUUAUUUGCCUUUUUACUGCUGAGAUUAAUUGCGACGGAUAUAAUUUAUCCCAAAAUAAUACAUUCACUAUCUCAUUUCGAGAAUGCACUGCCGUUAUAAUGGGUACCCAUAACUACCCCACGUCUGUUCCAUGAUUUUUUUUUUUUUUACUUUUGAUUUAACCAAAAACACAAACAUACUUUGAAAGAUAAUGGAAUGAGGCAUAAUAUUUCUCUAAACAGACACAUAAAAGACUGGAUGUUCUCUCCACAGCAGGUGGUGCUGUGUAAGUGACUGACCAAAGCCUGCUACUGCACAAGCCUCUGCAGAUGUAGCCGUGGAAAGGCAGUAAAAUUAGUUAACCAGGCCACCCUGCACUUAUUUCACAUUUAUUAGUUUUUUAUCUCCUCGCGCACCAAGGGAAGAAGAAUCUGACCGCUGCUGCCUGAGUGAUACCGCUUAAUUAGCGUGUGUGGGGUUCAGUACAGUUAUAUAGAUGCUGGUUGUCCAAUAAUCUAUUCCAUUAAUCCAGAUGGAGUUUUAAAUUUUCUACUUUUAUGAAGGCUUGGGAGGAUACUUAGCUCUGUGUAUGCUUUGAUGUUCGUAUAAUGAGGUUGUUCUCUGGUGUGUGUACUACAAGAAGAGCUGUCAAAAUGUGUUGUAACUCAUUUAAAUCAGGCCGCUGAUGGAUUAUUUACAAACACACAGUAAUAUGUGCUGCUCCCACUGUUGCUCGUCACAAUCACAAAACCUGACGCACAGUUUAGGAAGUGGAUUAGACGUGCCCUUCGUAACUCCUCUGAUAUGCUUUUCCUUUUACAUAGUAAGUAUCUACUGAUCAUCGAAAUCAUAUGUAUGACAAUGGAAGAACUUUAGUGAUUGUGUGUUUAAUUGCCUUGUAACAUGUUUAGUUGCCCUGAAACGAGACAGUAACUCGAUCCACGGGACCUUUUGGUGUGUUACUGUGUUUCAUAAACACGUCAGUGCUGUUUCUCUUCUGUGUUAAGGUUAACCCCGGGCAGUGUCACUAUGGCAACCCAGGCCUAUUUUGGGGGACUACAUGUUGUUCCUUUAGAUCCAUUUCACAUAGCCCCACUAACAUACUGUCAGGUCGCAUAGAGAGCCAGCAUAGAGUCAUACAACCCAGCAGCUAAUCAGCCUGGUGCUGUGUAGCUUCUCCCAAUCACGUGAUGCAGUAUUGCAGAAGCAACAUGUACUGUACUGCCUGUGCUUUAUGAUUAGGCACUAGUUUGAUUAACACCUGCUGCUUUCACUUUGUACUUUAGCUGAACUUUACAAAAUAAUGCUGUUCAUGUGGCCGAGAGAGGAGACAUGCCUCAGACAGUAUGUUUUGUAAGAAGACAACAAAUCAUUGUAAUGGUGUUAAAGCUUAGCCUUUUUUUCAUUGUUCUCUGUUCAUUGUUUGCACAGUGAUCCUAAUGCUUUAAGCUAUAUAAAUAUUCCAAGAGAAGAAAAGAUAUAUGUAUAAAUGGAUGGCAAUA